GUGCAGGUGGCAGGGCUGCGAAGGGAGGCAAGUAGACACACCUGGAGGCUCACAGAGCUGGUUGCAAAACACUUGUCCAAUCAGACCAAGGUAACUCUCCCUGCAGCCCUGGACUACGGGCACCCAAGUUCGCACGCCUGCAGGCUUUCUAUUGAUUCACACUCGCGUCCUUCAACAGGUAGCGCCAAUUACAGCCCCCAACACACGACUCCGCAGGAGACUGGCCAACGUCGCUGUCCGUCAAAUGCGCACGUCUACUUUUCUAAAUUCCUCUCCCCCUCCCUCUCUCUUUGGCUUUUUCCUUGGGCCUAUCCCCAGAUGUCUUCCGCGCCUGGAGACCGUGGAACCGGGCUCUGUGGAGCCUAGGAUUGGUGUCGAGCUCUUCCAGCCCUUUGACGUCCAGGAGCGCUCCCCUCCCUCUCCGCCGCCCCGCGCGGCCCGGGGGCGGGGCCGGCUCGGGGGCGGAGCCUGCCUCCCACGGCGGGAGGGCGGAGCCUGCGCUGGAGCCGCCUGCUCGCUUAGGACCUCGGAGAGCGCCCGGCGCCGCGACCAGAGGGACUGGAGAGGCGGCCGGAGCCGGGCCGGACAGACGCCUGCGAGCCCGCCUCUCUCUGCGCCCGCAGCUUCUCAGGCUGGCAGGCAGCUAGUGGCGUCUGAGGAAGAUUUUAAAAUGAAGAAGUUUAAUUUCCGGAAAGUUUUGGAUGGCUUAACUGCCUCCUCCCCAGGCAGUGGUAGCAGCAGUGGCAUUAACAGCGGUGGUGGAGCUGGCAGUGGUUCCCUGCAUCCAGGGGGGACUGCAGGGGCCCUCAGAGAGGAGAUUCAAGAAACCCUGACUUCAGACUAUUUCCAGAUCUGCAAGACAGUUCGACAUGGCUUUCCGUACCAACCCACAGCAUUAGCCUUUGAUCCAGUUCAGAAAAUCUUGGCUAUUGGAACAAGAUCAGGUGCUAUAAGAAUACUCGGGAGACCUGGUGUUGAUUGUUAUUGCCAACAUGAAAGUGGUGCAGCUGUUCUACAGCUCCAAUUCUUGAUCAACGAGGGUGCUUUGGUCAGUGCAAGUUCAGAUGAUACACUUCAUUUGUGGAACCUUAGACAAAAAAGGCCAGCUAUUCUUCAUUCUCUUAAAUUUAACCGAGAACGAAUUACUUACUGUCAUCUACCUUUCCAGAGUAAAUGGCUCUAUGUUGGAACAGAAAGAGGAAAUACACAUAUUGUAAAUAUUGAAUCUUUCAUUCUUUCUGGAUACGUUAUCAUGUGGAACAAGGCCAUUGAACUGUCCACCAAGACUCAUCCAGGGCCAGUUGUACAUUUAAGUGAUAGUCCAAGAGAUGAAGGGAAACUCCUGAUAGGAUAUGAAAAUGGAACUGUAGUAUUCUGGGAUUUGAAAUCUAAAAGAGCAGAUUUGAGAGUUUAUUAUGAUGAGGCUAUUCAUUCAAUUGAUUGGCAUCAUGAGGGCAAACAGUUCAUGUGCAGCCAUUCAGAUGGUAGCUUGACCUUAUGGAACUUGAAAAGCCCAAGCCGCCCUUUCCAGACCACAGUUCCACAUGGAAAAAGUCAAAGAGAAGGAAGAAAAUCUGAAUCUUGUAAACCAAUUCUUAAAGUAGAAUACAAGACCUGCAGAAACAGUGAACCAUUCAUAAUAUUCUCUGGUGGACUGUCCUAUGACAAAGCUUGCAGAAGACCAAGUUUAACCAUCAUGCAUGGAAAAGCAAUUACAGUGCUUGAAAUGGAUCAUCCUAUUGUUGAAUUUUUAACUUUAUGUGAAACACCCUAUCCAAAUGAAUUUCAGGAACCGUAUGCUGUAGUGGUGCUUCUGGAAAAAGAUCUCAUUGUAGUUGAUCUGACACAAAGCAAUUUUCCCAUCUUUGAAAAUCCGUAUCCCAUGGAUAUUCAUGAAUCACCAGUUACAUGCACUGCAUAUUUUGCUGAUUGCCCUCCGGAUUUGAUCUUGGUGCUCUAUUCUAUAGGAGUCAAGCAUAAAAAGCAAGGAUACAGUAAUAAGGAAUGGCCAAUUAGUGGAGGAGCUUGGAACCUUGGAGCACAAACAUAUCCAGAAAUCAUUAUUACUGGUCAUGCAGAUGGAUCAAUAAAAUUUUGGGAUGCUUCUGCAAUAACUCUACAAAUGCUCUACAAACUAAAAACUUCAAAAGUUUUUGAAAAGCAGAAGGUAGGAGAAGGAAAACAAACAGGAGAAAUUGUGGAGGAGGACCCUUUUGCUGUGCAGAUGAUUUACUGGUGUCCGGAGAGCAGAAUAUUCUGUGUAUCAGGAGUCUCUGCAUACGUCAUAAUUUAUAAAUUCAGUAGACAUGAAAUUACAACAGAAAUAGUGUCAUUAGAAGUACGACUUCAGUAUGAUGUUGAAGAUAUUAUCACUCCCGAACCAGAAACAAGUCCUCCAUUUCCAGAUCUCUCAUCCCAGCUUCCAUCUUCAAGGAGUCUUUCCGGGAGCACCAACACUGUGGCUAGUGAAGGAGUAAUAAAGGACAGUAUUCCAUGCCUCAAUGUGAAGACCAGACCAGUGCGAAUGCCUCCAGGGUAUCAAGCCGACCUCGUUAUUCAGUUGGUGUGGGUAGAUGGUGAACCUCCUCAACAAAUUACUAGUCUUGCUGUAAGUUCAGCAUAUGGAAUAGUUGCUUUUGGGAAUUGCAAUGGAUUAGUUGUGGUGGAUUUUAUACAGAAGACAGUACUGCUAAGCAUGGGAAUCUUUGAUCUAUAUAGAUCAAGUGAACUGUACCAGCGACAACCACGGUCUCCUCGUAAGAACAGGCAAUUCAUUGCAGACAACUUUUGCAUGCGUGGCCUGUCUAACUUUUAUCCUGAUUUAACGAAACGGAUCCGUACUUCCUAUCAGAGUUUAACUGAGCUGAAUGACAGUCCCGUCCCCCUGGAACUGGAGCGCUGCAAGUCUCCCACUUCAGACCAUGUAAAUGGACAUUGCACAAGUCCAACUUCUCAGAGCUGCAGUUCUGGAAAACGUCUUUCUAGUGCUGAUGUUUCUAAAGUUAAUCGCUGGGGUCCUGGAAGACCACCAUUUCGAAAGGCACAGUCAGCUGCUUGCAUGGAGAUACCUUUACCACUUACAACAGAAGAAACCCGUGAAAAUUCCUAUAAUCGUUCCAGAAGCUCUAGUAUCUCCAGUAUUGACAAAGACUCUAAGGAAGCCAUCACAGCGUUAUACUUCAUGGAAUCCUUUGCACGGAAAAACGACUCCACCAUCUCCCCUUGUCUGUUUGUUGGAACUAGUCUGGGAAUGGUGUUAAUCAUAUCCCUAAACCUGCCAAUAGCAGAUGAACAAAGGUUUACAGAACCAGUCAUGGUAUUGCCAAGUGGUACAUUCCUCUCAUUGAAAGGAGCCGUGCUAACUUUCUCCUGUAUGGACCGAACUGGAGGAUUAAUGCAGCCACCAUAUGAAGUUUGGAGGGAUCCAAACAGCAUGGAUGAAAAUGAAAAAUCCUGGAGAAGGAAACUGGUCAUGAACUCCUCUGCAACCCAAGAAAUAGGAGAUCAUCAGUAUAUAAUAAUAUGCUCCGAAAAACAAGCCAAAGUCUUCUCACUGCCUUCUCAGACUUGCCUUUAUGUUCAUAACAUCACUGAGACAUCUUUUAUAUUGCAGGCAGAUGUGGUGGUCAUGUGUAACAGUGCCUGCUUGGCAUGCUUUUGUGCUAAUGGGCAUAUUAUGAUAAUGAGCCUACCUAGUCUUCGACCAAUGUUGGAUGUUAAUUAUUUACCGCUGACAGACAUGCGGAUAGCACGGACAUUUUGUUUUACCAAUGAGGGGCAGGCUUUAUAUCUUGUCUCCCCUACUGAAAUUCAGCGGUUAACCUACAGCCAAGAAAUGUGUGACAAUCUACAGGAUAUGCUAGGAGAUUUGUUUACUCCCAUAGAGACACCAGAAGCUCAAAACAGAGGUUUUCUUAAGGGACUAUUUGGUGGAAGUGGACAAACCUUUGACCGGGAAGAGCUCUUUGGGGAAGCUUCUGCAGGAAGAGCAUCGCGUAGUCUUGCACAACACAUUCCUGGACCAGGUGGAAUAGAAGGGGUGAAGGGUGCUGCUGGAGGGGUGAUGGGAGAGCUGACCCGGGCACGAAUUGCACUGGAUGAGAGAGGACAGAGAUUAGGAGAGCUGGAAGAGAAAACUGCAGGCAUGAUGACAAGCGCAGAAGCCUUUUCCAAACACGCACAUGAGUUAAUGCUGAAAUACAAGGAUAAGAAAUGGUACCAAUUCUAACUGCGAAAAGAGCUGUGACUGCUUUGAGAAACCAUUAUUCAGGGAAACCAAAUUUAUUCCCAGCAUCUCUAGUCAACCGCUAGAAGCCAGUUUCUUCUACAAAAUGUUCCAUUGCAACUCAACUGAAAUUAACAUAAAGGAAACUUAUCAGAGACGCUGUACAACCCAACAGCUGGAACCCUGGUAAAACCCCCAAAAAGGUGGAAUUUGUCUUUUCCCAUAUGGAAUGGAGCUGUCGUACUGGCAUGUCCUUUGCUAAGGGUUUACAUUUAGAAACCAUGGGGAGUCCUUCUGAUUUGAAAAUUCCUGUACAAACAAAACCAUUAAUGCACUUAAUGAAAAAAAAAUCUUUGCAUGUAAAUUAACAUCUUAAAAGGAAAAGAAAAAUAAGCAUGUUGUGACAGAAGAAAAAAAGAUUUAUGGUAAACUAUUUUUAUAAAUUGGGCCAUAUCCAACAAUUUAAAAAAUAUGCAUUAGGAGAUAGCAGUACAUUUGAAGAAAAUUUUCCAUACCCAAAUGAAAGGAAAGCAAAACAAAACCCCAGAGUUUUUCUUCUCAUCUGUAAUUUAAUUAUACUAGGACAUCAUUGAGUCUUCAUGGCAAGAGUCUAAUUAAUAUUCUUCUCUCUAUGUAGUAUUUUCACAUCAUUCACAGGUCUCAGUCAUAACGAGUAUUGCCAGCAUAGUAAGUUAUUUGCAUUUCUGUCACCUUCAGAACAGGUUGUUGUUUUUAGUCACAUACUGUACAAGGUUGGGUCACCUCAAAGCACUUUCUCAGUCUGGCUUGUACUCUAUGCAGGGAAGUUGACAAUAGGUUUGGGAAAACUAGACUAGCGCAACCAUGUAGUUAGCUCUGAGGACUGA